UGGAACCUAAGAUCAAAAACAAUCUAUCAAUAGUGGUUAAGAAAGCAAAUUAGACGAAUAAAGAGGACCGAAAAAGAAUUGGGAACCAAUUUAAAGAGGUUACAAAUAUAAAAUCAUAUGACGCAAUUUAUAGAAGAGAAAACCGAUGAAUCAACUAAAAAAAAUUAAAAAUAACAUAAGACUAAAUAUGGAAACAAAGAAGAUUGAGAUGAGACAAAAGGGUAGGAAAAGAGUCUUCUUUUCGAUUGAUUGGAUCAGGACUUAGAGUCUUUAACAAUCACAGCAAAUGAAUCUUUGAGGAAAAUUGUAGAUUGGAGGCUUUAUAACCGAUAAAAAGUAGACAAAUCUUGGGAUCUUUCAAAAGGAGAAAAUAUGUGCCUGUGUUUUUGGGUUUUUUUUUUUGUCUGUAUCUUAGUAUCAUAAAAUUGUAAAUCUCAGUCUAGAGAAUUUGAAUAUGCUAAUCGAUUGCUGUUAUGGAGGUUUCUGAAACUAUAUUUGGAAGAGGGUUUAUUCAGCAUACAUUUUUGAAAAUUAAUGGUGAUUUUCGACUAUCACCGUCGUCGAUACUGGUAACUUUUUUUGGUGAUUAAGACGGGAUAAUGGUGUUUACUGGUAACUACAAAUCGCCCAAACAGAGGAGAGAGGGAGGAGGUUUUUCUUAAUGAAGGUCGUCCUAAUUUUUCGGAGCCCGAACCUUAUAUAUUAUAUGUUUGUUGUUGUUCCAAAUUUGGGAACCCGAUACACACCUUGACAGGUCGUCCUAAUUUUUCGGAGUUUAAGCCAAAUUCUGGGAGGCGGUGGUGGCCUGUAACGUUUUUUUUUUUUUUUUUCUUUUGGCGCUAAAACAUUAAAUAUUAUGGCGCUAAUAAUUCUAGGUGGUUCCCGCCAUUUACUUGCCCAUAUAUUCUAGGGUUUCCGUUUCUUUGUCACUGCAAGUCACUCAGUAACCAUUAGAGAGAUGGCUCCUUCACGUCGUCUCAGCAAUGGUAGAUCUCCAUUAGUAAACAAACAAAGUCAAAUCACUGCCUUCUUCACUCCCGGUAAGUCUAAUACUUCAGUUUCCCCUUCUUCUGCUCCUUCUGUUAAACAAAACUCUAAAUCUACUCCGCCAAACCCUAAAUCUAUUCCCCCGAAACCUAAAUCCAGUGAUUCAAAGAAACCCCUUUUAGUAAUUGGUUAUGAUGAUCAUCCAUCUCCAUCAACACCUGCUUCAAAUCUAAGCAGCAUUAAAACACCUGAAUCUGGUAAGAGAUUGUAUGGAGAAAGUGUCGUACGGAAAAGAAUUAGGGUUUACUGGCCUAUAGAUAAGCAAUGGUAUGAUGGGUUUGUUAAAUCAUUUGAUAGUCUGAGUGGUAAACAUUUGAUUCAGUAUGAUGAUUCUGAAGAAGAGGAAUUAGAUUUAGAGAAAGAGAAGAUUGAAUGGGUAGAAGAAGAAAAAAAGACUACAUUUCGUCGCUUGAAAAGGAAUUUGGCUUCUGAAAAUGUUGUUUUGGAUGUUGUUGAAAAAGAGGAGGUGAAAAGUAGUUCUGGGAGGUCACCACGGGGUUUGAAGAUGGUGGUGGUGGAGGAUGACGAGGAGGAGGAAGGGGGAAGUGGAGGGGAUGAUUCAGAAGACGAGGAUUGGGGAAAGAAUGUUGAGAAAGAGAUAAUUGAUGAUGAAAUGGAAGAGAUGGAUUUGGUGGAGGAGGAAGAGGUAAAUGAGGAAGUAGAAAGUAAAUCUAAGAGAGGGUGUAAUUCAGAGCCUAGAAAGCGAAAGAAGUUGGAAACGGAGAAAUUAGGUUCUGACAAGAAGUGCAAAACUGAGGGGAAUAUUGGUAAAGCUGUAUCAAAGAUAUCUCAGACUGGGAAUGCCAGUGGAUUAUUUGGGCUAGCAGUUAAUCUGGAGAGAGAGCAUUUUACUCCAAACACGGAAAAUGUUUUAACAGGUGAUAUUGCUGAGCGAUUUGGCAACCGUGAAGUGGAAAAGUUUUGCUUCCUUGGGAAAGAUCGUAGGGAUGCUAAAAGGAGACGUCCUGGAGAUGUUGAUUAUGAUCCAAACACUCUUUACUUGCCUCCUGAUUUUGUUAACAAUUUGACAGGUGGCCAGAGGCAAUGGUGGGAAUUCAAGGCGAAGCAUAUGGACAAGGUCUUGUUUUUCAAGAUGGGUAAAUUCUACGAACUGUAUGAAAUGGAUGCACAUGUAGGAACAAAAGAACUUGAUUUGCAAUACAUGAAGGGAGAACAACCUCAUUGUGGAUUUCCAGAGAAGAAUUUCUCAAUGAAUGCGGAAAAAUUGGCUAGAAAGGGCUAUCGGGUGCUGGUUGUAGAGCAGACAGAAACACCUGAUCAGCUUGAAUUACGUCGCAAGAAGGGUUCCAAAGAUAAGGUAGUAAAACGCGAAAUAUGUGCAGUCGUUACUAAGGGUACAUUGACAGAGGGAGAAAUGUUGACAAUAAAGCCUGAUGCUUCAUACAUGAUUUCAGUUACAGAAGGUUUCAUUGCAUCUGAGAACCAAAAGGAUCUCUUAGUUAUUGGUGUUUGUAUUGUUGAUGUUUCUACGAGCAGGUUUAUGCUUGGGAAGUUCGCUGAUGAUUCAGAACGUAAUUCACUGGGUUCCCUAUUGUCUGAGUUAAGGCCCGUAGAAAUCAUAAAGCCUGCUAAACUUCUCAGUUCUGAAAGUGAGAAAGUUUUGUUGACACAUACGAGAAGUCCUUUGGUCAAUGAGUUAGUUCCACUCUUGGAGUUCUGGAGUGCUGAAAAAACAGUUGCCGAAGUCAGAAGUAUAUACAGACGUCACAAGGAUCAACCUGUAACAUCGAAGAAACAUAUAGAAGAUUCCGAUACUAAUAUUGAAGAUGGUGGUUCAAAUGAUUUACCCAGUGUUCUCUCUGGGCUAGUGAAUGAUGGGGAGCGUGGAAGUUAUGCAGUUUCUGCAUUUGGUGGUUGCCUUUCCUAUUUGCGAAAGGCUUUUCUGGAUCAAUCACUGCUUAAAUGUGCUAAGUUUGAAUUAUUACCGUGCUCCCAAUUUCGCGAUAUCCCUCAAAAACCUUAUAUGAUUCUUGAUGCAGCUGCAAUUGAGAACCUGGAGUUAUUUGAGAACACCAGAGAUGGAAGUUCUACCGGGACACUAUAUGGUCAACUGAAUCAAUGUGUCACAUCAUUUGGGAAACGGAUGUUGAAAAAUUGGCUUGUGAGACCACUGUAUUUGGCAGAGUCCAUCAGGGAACGUCAGGAUGCUGUAGCUGGUUGUAGAGGAGAUGCUUUACCCCAUGUGCUUGAAUUCCGGAAAGAGUUGUCCAAGCUUCCAGAUAUGGAGCGAUUGUUGGGACGCCUCUUUUCUAGGAGUGAAGCUAAUGGAAGGAAUGCGAAUAAAGUGGUUCUUUAUGAGGACGAAGCAAAGAGACAGCUUAAAGAGUUCAUCUCUGCUUUACGCGGUUGUGAAUUAAUGACCUGUGCAUGCUCUUCUCUUAGUGCAAAGUUAGAUGAUGUGGAUUCUAGUUUGCUCAAGCGAUUAUUGACACCUGGUAAAGAUCUUCCUGACCUGAGUCAAGUUCUAAAGCAUUUCAAGGAAGCCUUUGAUUGGAUAGAAGCUGAUCAGUCGGGACGUAUCAUACCUCAUGUUGGAGCUGAUUCAGAAUAUGACUCUGCAUGUGAAGUCGUUAAGGAAAUCGAAUCUAAACUGGAAAGACAUCUAAAGGAGCAACAAAAAGUUAUUCGGGAUGCAUCUAUCAAGUACGUUAUUGUUGGGAAAGACACAUACCUUCUAGAAAUACCUGAGAGUUUGCAAGGGCGAGUUCCUCAGAACUAUGAAUUACGAUCUUCAAAAAAGGGGGUUAGGAGGUAUUGGACUCCUGAUAUUAAGAAGCUAUUAGGGGAGCUUUCUCAAGCUGAAUCUGAGAAGGAAUCUAAAUUGAAAAGCAUUUUGCAGAGGUUGAUCGGAUGUUUUUGUGAGCAUCACAUUAGGUGGAGGCAAUUGGUCUCUGCAAUUGCUGAAUUGGAUGUUCUGAUCAGCUUGGCCAUUGUUAGCGACUACUACGAAGGACCCACGUGUCGUCCAACUAUCAUAGAUUCACCAUCCUCUAGUGAAGUGCCACGGUUGUGCGCCAAAAGUUUAGGACAUCCUGUCCGGACAAGUGACUCUCUAGGCAAAGGUGCAUUUGUUCCCAAUGAUGUAAACCUUGGUGGUCCUGGAUGUCCCAGCUUUAUCUUACUCACUGGUCCCAACAUGGGCGGGAAGUCAACUCUUAUUCGUCAAGUUUGCAUUGCCGUGAUUUUGGCUCAGCUAGGAGCAGACGUCCCUGCAGAGUAUUUUGAAAUAUCCCCAGUUGAUCGUAUCUUUGUUCGGAUGGGUGCAAAAGACCAUAUUAUGUCAGGCCAGAGUACAUUCUUAACUGAACUUUCAGAGACUGCAUCAAUGCUGUCUUCUGCAACCAGUAAGUCAUUGGUUGCGUUGGAUGAACUCGGACGGGGUACAUCGACUUCAGAUGGGCAAGCCAUUGCAGAAUCAGUUCUAGAUCAUUUUGUUCACAAAGUACAUUGCCGAGGCUUGUUUUCUACUCACUAUCACCGUUUGGCAGUAGACUACGAGAGAGAUCCCCAGGUGUCUUUGUGCCAUAUGGGAUGUCGAGUUGGGAAGGAAAGCGGAGGUGUUGAAGAAGUUACAUUUUUGUACAAACUGACACCUGGUGCAUGUCCCAAGAGUUAUGGUGUCAAUGUUGCACGGCUAGCAGGUACUCCUGACUCUGUGCUGCAGAAAGCUGCAGCAAUGUCUAAAGAGUUUGAGAAAGUAUACGGGAAGAAAAAACUCAAGCCAACAGGGGAGUCAUCAAGUUGCAACAAGGAUGAAAACUUUGCAUCCCUUAUCAAAGAACUGGGCCACUUUCUAGCCAACUUCAGUUGCCCUGGAGAUUCUGAGGUCAAGAAAAUGCCUUUGCUGUGUGAACUUCAACAAACCGCACGGCGGUUGCUUUUGCAGGAACACUAGCUUCAUGAUGAUUUCUCCUUCACUUAACAACUAAUCCAGAUUCAUCUCCAUUCGUGUAAUUAACAAAUAGAUGGAUAAUUUUGUAGUGUUAUUGGUUUUAAGUUCGCCAAUUUUGGAUUUGUAAAGGCUCUUUCAAUCAAUAGCCUAAGAAUUCUGUUAUUUUAUAUCAAUUUACUGUAUGUA